AUGUCCGGCACACAACCAGCUGCUGAUAUCUGCUUAGCUCUACUUGUUGGCUUACCUGGCAGUGGAAAAACAACACUAGCUAAAUUUUUAAAACAGUACUUUUCAAUUGAACGUGAAGCUACUGAAGACACACUGUCCCUAAAUGUCAUUCAUAUAUGUUAUGAUAAUUUGAUCACAGCUGAUCUUGCACAUCGGUGUAGCACUGAUCCAGAUAGUGGAAACUGGCGAGAUGCAAGACAAGAAGUUCUCACUAUGGUAGAAAAGAUGAUGUACUUGCUGAAAGAUAUCCACACAAAGCAAGAAAUACACAAGCUUGUCUUAAAAUGCGGAACAGAAAAUAAAUAUGUAACAAAGGAUUAUGAAUGGGACAUUGUCAUUAAAAAGCGAACAGUAAUUGUAAUUGAUGAUAACAUGUAUUAUAGCAGUAUGCGGUACUCAUAUUUCCAGCUUGCUCGACGUCACAACAUAGGUUUCUUCCAGCUCUACAUUGAAUGCACUGUCGCUUCUGCUAUGGCAUUUAAUAGAAAGCGACCCCAAGCAGAACAAGUACCAGAAGAAGUAAUUCAGAAAAUGGCUGACAGGAUGGAACCUCCUGAAGGUAAGCCUUGGGAACAGUAUUCUUUGCUGCUGAUUGCACAUGAGCCUUACUCCUCUGAAGAAACUGUUCAAAAAAUCGGGAGUAUUAUAUCUAAAGCUCUUCUUAACCCAGUGGAACCGGUAGAUGACUGGUCUGAUUUAGGGGAGGCAUCUCGCCAGGCUUGCAUGGCCAGUGUCCUUCAUCAAUGCGAUUUAGGGUUGAGACACCUUGUAAAUGAACGCAUGAAAAAACUCCAAAAAUCAUCUUUUGAUCCUGAUGAUAUGAGGGCACAGUCAAGAAUUUUAAACUCUGCUCGAAUUGAACUCCUGGAAGCUAUGAAAACAAGAGAAAUUAUAGUUCCGGAAGAGUUGUGUGCUGCAGUUCAACUCUGUCAUCCUCUCGCUGCUGUUCGCUUGCGUAACUUUCUUGCAACACUUCUCCCACAUUGAGAUUAAGGGUUCUCACUCCUCAUUACAUCAAAACACAAUACUUUCUUUUUUAUUUCCACUACUUAAAUAUUUUUAACAACACUUCUUGAAUACUAUGCCACUCAAAGUAAAAUAUUGAUUUUUUUUUUCAUGUUAUCUAAGAGUGGCAUACAAUUUUCUUCUAUCACAGCAAUCCUUCCACAUCUUUAGCUUUUGAAACAAUUGUAGUUGGGUUGUGAAUUGUUCUGAACUGCAAAUAAAGUGCAAGAAAUUUUA